AUGACUGAUGCAGGCAUUUUGCUAAUGAGUAAGAAGCGGAAAAUUGGUGGAUUUGGCAAAACACUCAUGUCUGAUAACGUAAGCAGACAAUGGGGGAUGCAAAGUUCUGAAGUUAGAGCUGCAUUACAGUACCUCCGAAGUUUGGAAUCAGACUCAACCGGUCCAAAUAUGUUUUCGAGGCACAAAGUUGAUGGGGAAGGUAGACUUCAACAUUUGUUCUGGUGCGAUGGUGAUGGUCGUUUUGAUUAUAAACUUUUUGGUGAUGUGGUGGCUCUUGACACUACUUAUGUGAAGAGUAAGUACAAGUAUCCGCUAGUGGUGUUUUCUGGGGUUAACCACCACAUCCGCACAACAAUAUUUGCUAGUGCAAUUAUAGCUGAUGAGACUGAAGAAACAUAUGUGUGGUUGUUUGAACAGUUCAAGGAAGCCAUGGGAGUUAAAUCACCUGAGCUAGUUAUUGCAAAUGAUGACAUAGCUUUGAAUAAUGCUAUUGGUAGAGUAUUUCCAAAUGCUUACCACAGAUUAUGUGCUCAACACCUCUUACAUAAUGCAAGUAGCAAAAUUAGAAACCCAAUGAUGACUGCACAGUUCAAAAAACUUAUGUUGUCUGAUUGCAUGGUUAGUGAAUUCGAUCGUGAAUGGCAUCAAAUGGUUACCCGAUUUGGCCUUGAAGACCAUAGUUGGGUUAGAGACAUGUACGAGAGAAGGAAGAUGUGGGCAACUGCAUUUAUUCGAGGUAGAUGUUUUGUUGGUUUUAAGGCUACUUCUCGAUGUGUGGGGCUGUAUGUAAAAUUUGGGAGGUUGACACCUUUUUGCUGUCUUAAUAUGGUAGGCUUUUUGCAACAAUAUCAUCAUCAUUGCCUUGAUGAGUAUCGAUACAAGGAAAUAGAUAUAGAGUAUAAAUCAGUGUUUGGCAAACCGGUUCUGCAAACAAGGUUAUCAUUGGAGAGGUCUGCAUCUAGGGUGUUCAGUAGGGAGGUCUUCAUGUUAUUUCGUCCCAUGCUUGAAAGUGUAGGCACAAUGAAAGUUAUUUAUUACUGCAAUGAUGUACCCUCAUCAGCAUUGAUUUACAAAGUGUCUAAAUAUGACCAACCAGGUAGGGAGUGGCAUGUGCAUUAUGAUCCGCCAACCUCCCAGUUGACAUGUACUUGUCAGAGGAUGGAAAAUUAUGGAAUUCCAUGUGAUCACAUAGUUCACGUGAUGGUUUAUCUAGACAUAGCUGAGAUGCCAACAUCUUUAGUGCUAAAGAGAUGGUCCAAGCUUGCAAAGAAAAUUGGCAAAGGGACCUGUGAUGAAGGUGGUUUGAUUUGUCGCUCAAAUGAUGAUUUUAAUGAUACAGUAGAGAUAGUUAGGGAUCAAAUUGAUAUAUUGGAAGAUGACGAUGCUGUUAAUUACAGCAACAAUAACUUGAACAUUAAGUUGAACGAUAGCUCUGAUGAAUGUGGGGCCUCUUUUUUAUCGGAAGAUGAUGAUGAGGAUUUGUCUGAUGUGAAUGAUGGUUCAUCUUUUUCAUCGGAAGAUGAUGAUGAGGUUAGUUUCAGCAAUUGUGACUGGGACAUCAUCUUGGACGUUAGCUCUGCAAGUAGUGUUAAUGCCAACACAUUCUAUUGUCCUUAUAAUGUUAUCUAUGACUGGAAAAAAAAUAGUAUUUGA